GUUAUGAUACUGGAUCUUGGUUCAAGCUCCCAGUCCUCCUCUGCACGUUCCUGACUUGGUUAUGCCCCAGAUGCUUGCCUCCUCUUCUGUGUGUUGGCAGCCAGUGGCCAUCUGUCCCUGGCACAAAGCGGAAUCGGAGGCUUUCUCGGUACAACUUCCCCUUUCGUGGGCUGCUUUUUGAGCAGCUGUUCCCAGGCCUGAGAUCACUCCCUCAAGCAGGAGAGGCAGGAGCAGUUCCUGGGCCAUCCUGGAUUCUCUUCCUUCAAAGCCAGGAAAGAUGGGAAACACUUUCUCCCCCUCCCCUCUGCACUCCUGGGCUGAGAUUUCCAGCUAAGUGUUUGAGUUCCAUGGCAACCGAGCAAACUUGGCUGUCCCUCCCUGUCUCAGUAUCAGGUAGAACCCUGCUGGGGUUGGGCAGUAGAUUCACGAUGGGUCGAAUUAUGCCCAAAGCACUCUCGGUGGCCUUCGUGGCCCUCCUUCUUGUGCUGCGUGUGGCAAGUUGCCAGCAAGACUUCCAUUCCAGAAAACAGCAGAAGAGGGACCCCCCAGCGGAUUUCCUGUCCCAAACAGGGUCAGCUCUUCGGGAGACCAUGGACGCCUGGAUCGGGCCCGAGAUCAUGCAUGUCGUGACUGAGACCACAUCUCAAGCUCUGUGGGCCAUCUCCUCUGCCAUCUCUGUGGCUUUCUUCGCUCUGUCUGGGAUCUUGGCACAGCUCCUGAAUGCCAUGGGGCUGAAUGGUGACCACCUUACCCAAGGCUUGAAGCUCAGCCCUGGCCAAGUACAGACCUUCCUCCUGUGGGGAGUGGGGUCCCUCAUUGCCUACUGGGUGCUGGCCCUGCUCCUGGGCUUGCUGUUGGCUCUGCUGGGCCGGAUCCUGUGGGGCCUGAAGCUGGUCAUCUUCCUUGUGGGGUUUGUGGCCGUGGUCAGGUCUGUGGCAGACCCUUCCGUCAGGGCCCUGAUGCUGCUGGGGCUGCUGACCCUCUAUGCCCUGCUAAGCCGGCUGAGCGGCAGCCGGGCCUCGGGAGCCCAACUGGAGGCCAAAGUUCGGGGCCUGGAGAGGCAGGUGGAGGAACUCCGCUGGAGGCAGCGGAGAGCUGCGAAGGCCACCCGAAGCGCCGAGGAGUGAGGGGGCCUGGGGCAGAGACGAGGGAGUCUGGAUGGCGCUGCCACUGUCACCACACCAGAGAGCUGAGCUGCUUCCGCCUGCCCCCAGCCAGGAGAUGAAGGCCGACUCCCCUGCUCUCUCCCCAUCCCUCUUGCCUUCCCCGGGGCCCUUCUUUCUAAGAGGGUCUCUGCUGUAUCAGUAGCCCAGUGGGGCCAUGGAGAGUUGGGAGAGGGCCUGCCCAUUCUCCAUCUCCUGUUCCUACCCUCAAAACACACCACUGCCGUGGCCUUCACAGAGACCUCCAGACACGUGUGGCAUGGAUGGACCUCAGUGCAGCGUGCCCGCCUCUUUCUCUCUGCUGUUUGGUGCCCCUGCCCCAUCUCGCUUUUCACUCCCUCCUUGCUGCCCUUUGGCCCUCCCGCCCGUGCCCUGCAGGCAGCCCCAUGUGUCCUGUGCACCACCACCCGGUGGGGAGGAAACAUGAGCUGGUUGCUUGAGGAGGGCUGGAAUCAGCAGCCCCUGAGGUCUUAGGGGUUCAGAUUUCGGGUUGGGAUGGGUGUAAAAUCUGUGACAAGUGCCUUCAAUCAAGCCAGCAGUGCCUGCUUCUUGCCUGCUGUAGGUAGGAAUGUGUAUCAUGGUGUCGAGAAAGGAGGAGCCUCCCAGAAUCCUGACACCAUGCCAACCAAAGAGCCCCCAUUGAGCGAGCUAGGGAAUAUUGCAGCCUCUCCGGUUAUGUUCCGGUGGUUAUCGAGUGCCCCUGGACCUGUAAGGAGUAAGUGUCCCAUGGUGUGGAUCCAUCAGAACCCACUUGGGAUUUUGGACACCCCCCCCCCAACUCUUCUGUCAGGAGAACCAGUAUAGCAGCCUGAAACCAGCUUCCUCGUUACCCUCCCCUCCAGCAUCACUGCCCAGCCAGGAGGCCUGUGAGCAAUGGGGUGCCCGUGAAGAAAAUGCCACCAUCGCCAGACUUCCCCAGGGAUCUGGGAGGGGUGAGGGCAAGGGGAAAGCGGCAGCUUCUGCCAUGAAGGUGAGGGGGCCCGGCACGGGUUAGGGCUCCGGUCUGACAAUGUCCUGAAGCAAAAUGCCCAGGAAUUGAUGAGGCAUCAGCUGCAAGUGAUCUCUAUUUUUAUUGAAGCUCUUUGGGUUUUAAAUUAAAAGAUAAACGCACGCUAUUUUAUCUUGUUCCAUAUAAAACAUGUUUACUCAAA